UCAGAUAGAGGUUUGCAUUUUCUUUAUAUACUCUCUGCAAUUUAUCAUUUAAUUUUCUUUCAAUUUGACAACUGAAAUUUUCGUAGAUAUUUUUGACAUACGUUGUCGAAGGUGAAGAUCGGAGUUCGCGGAGUUUUCUUAGACCGUUGAAGGUUGGGUAUUGUGAACAGAGUUGGGUCGAAACUAGCUGUUGGGUUGAAAAUCUCCAUGUUAGUUAUUGGUGCUCACAUUUUCUUCGUCCUCUGCCGAACUCAGAAAUUUUGAGAUCUAUUUUUGCACUUUCAGUGUUUUUGGUGAGCCAUCGUAUGUUCCUUACUCUCUACCCACUUUGAAAACUUCAAUUCUUUGGAGGUAAGUCAUUUGUCCCAUAUCCAUAACCCUUUUGUUUUUUGUUUUUUUUUUUGCUAUUUUUUCUCCACAAUUUUUUAGGUUUCAAAAUGUGGUAUGUUGAUUUGGAUGUGUUUGUAUUUAUGUUAUACGAAACAAAUUGGUACUGUUAAAGUUAGUAUAUGUUACUAGUUGUGGGAACAUUUGCUAAGUAAUUACACUGUCAUAUUUUUUACUUUAAUUAUAUAUAUUUUUCAUUUUAACUACAAAACUGCAUAUUAUUAUAAUUUGGAGUUUUUCUAUGUCUGUUUGUGGUGUUUGAAAGUAGGUUCAUUAUCUUUCCUUUUUAUUCAAAAUUGUUUUAAAAUUAUGCCUUUUUUGUCAUGUCCCAGCUAACUUCAUUUCAUGGAAGCCAACAACAAAGAAGAAGCUGUAGUAGUUUUGGCUUGUAAUAUUGUUGAGCAAAUGAAAAAGCUCAUGUUCAUGUUUACACAAUUAGUACGAUUAGUAAGGCGUCGUCACUUUAGGAAUCGUAGAGGUGGUGUUCGAUCUUAUAGUUUGAAAAGCAAGAUACCCAACCAAAUCCGACAUUUGUCUAAUAUUGUUAGCUGGAGUGAUACAAUUUGUAGGAACAAUUUAAGAAUGAAUACCGACACAUUUUCUCGUUUAUGCUACCUCCUUGAAAAUGUUGGUGGAUUAGUCGCCACUAGGAAUGUCUCUGUAGUUGAACAAACUGCUUUGUUUUUACACGUUCUUUCACACCACGAAAAAAAUGUCAUCAUUCAAACCAAUUACGAGAGGUCCGGGUUCACAAUUAGUAUUGUAUUUUCGAGGGUGUUGAAUGCAUUGCUUAAACUACAUAAUGUAUUUCUUGUUGAUCCUAUACCCGUCGACGGUGAUUGCGACCACGCCCGUUGGAAGUUCUUCGAGAAUUGCUUAGGUGCCUUAGAUGGGUCGUACGUUGAAGCACGUGUACCACUAGUUGACAAACCAAGAUAUAGAAAUUGAAAGGGGAAAGUUUCGAUUAAUGUGCUUGCUGUGUGUGAUGUGAAUUUGAAUUUUGUAUACUUAUUGACGGGUUGGGAGGGAUCUGCCGCUGAUAGUAGGAUUCUACAGGACGCUAUUACUCGACCAAACGGUCUUCGUGUUCCUAAUGGUACACAAUCAUUUUUCAUAAUUUGAAAAAUUAAAAUCAAUAAAAAUAAACCUUACCCCGAAUAACAUUUCAAAUACGCUUUCCAGGGCACUACUAUUUGGUUGAUAAUGGGUACACCAAUGGGAAGGGAUUUCUAGCACCGUAUAGAAAAACUAGGUAUCAUCUCCAAGAGUUCGGUGUAGGUAGAAAUACCGUACAAGAUCACAAAGAAUACUUCAACUUGAAGCACGCAAAGGCGCGUAAUGCAAUAGAACGAGCUUUUGGGAUACUAAAGUCGAGAUGGGGGAUCCUUAGGAGUCCCUCAUAUUACCCCCUAAAAAUCCAAAAUCGGAUAAUUAUGGCAUGUUGCUUAUUGCACAACUUCAUUCGUACGACGAACGACCAUGACCCCGAAGAAGCCCGUGUACCAGAAGAGAUUAUCACACCAAUCGAUCGUAGCGCUUUCGUAGAAACAGUAGAGGCAUCUGACGAAUGGACCUCGUGGCGGGAUAUACUUGCAAUGGAUAUGUACAACGACUAUUUAGGAGGGGGUCAACAAUGACUUAGAAGACUUUCUAUAGGGAAUCGUGUGCUAGUUUGCUUGUUUAUUUUAAAAGCCUAUUUAUGCCUUUUUCAACAAUAAGUUUGUGAACCAUAUGCAAAUUUUCCUAUUUUGUGUUAUGUUUUAAAAAAUCUAUUUUCAGUUG